UUUCCGCAUCCUCCAGCAUCAUUUCAGCAGGUUCAGAGUUGUAUCAGGAAGCAGUCACCGUGUUAUAAAAAAACCCCAAAAACAAAUAUUAACCUUAGCUUUAGGAGAAGCAUAUGAUUCUACUUUUAACAAAGUGCAGUGGAAGCAGUUUUCCCUCACACUGUUACUCUUUUUUACACACGAAACACAUUUAAUUUCCUGUCAUAUAGGGCAUUAUGAAAGUGCACCAGAGUGUAUAACAGGGCAUGGUUUUUUUUUUUCUGUUAUCAGCAUCAGCACUACUGGGAGUUGUCAGGUAUAAAAGGUGAGCCAGAAAGGUGUGAGCAGCCAUAAAGUACAAAGAGAAUUUACCAAGAAGACCAAGAUGAAGAUAACCGGGACAGUUCUCCUAUGUGUCUGUUUGACCUUUAUGUUUUUGGGCAUAGAGGGCCAAGGCACCACAGAUGUCACAACUCCAGCAGUGACCAAUAACAGCACUACGAGUAAUAGCACUCAGCCUGCAGCGACCACACCUCAAUGGAACGCCACUGUUUCUUACACGACAAACACCACCCAUGCCCAAACUCCUAAAACCACAAGAAUACCAUCUGACACCACCUCCCACUCUACAGAUAAUGUCACUUCAUCACAGGGGUCCUCAGUGUCCCCUGGGGCUACUCAAAACCCUGGAACCCCAGCAUCCACCACACAGAAAUCCACAGGGACUACCAGCAAAAAUUUUACCACAAUCUCAUCUACAACGACAAAAGGAGGAUCUGCUCCUUUGUUUGGGUUCUGCAGUCAGCUGCUGGUGUUUGCUGUCACUAUUCUGAUCUGCUGUGCUUUGGAAUGAAUGUAUGAAAGUAUAGAAUCUGCAUUUAAAUCCUUAAAUGCUGUGGAAACAUAUUACAUUAUUAUUACAGCCUCGUAUUAAAUGGCUGCUUCUUUAAGGCUGUGAUGUGCUCUGUUUGCACUGAGUCUUUCUCUGCUUUUACACAAAUAUCCAUAAGUUAUGUAUGACACUGUGCUUCAAAUGUUAAUGCUAUGUUUCAUUCAUAAAUACUAAAAGGGAAUAAAGGAAACCAAUGUUUUUUGGCAAAUAAAGUAAAAUGGUGAUCUUUUGCGGAGGCUGAAGAGUUAAUUGUACUGAACACUUCAGCCAACCUCGGGUUUGUUUUAGCUGAAGGAAACGGCAGUGGUGCACCCACAGCUCCAUUUGCAUGUUGGCUUAACACUAAAAAAGCUAGGCAACAUCACAUUUGAAUUCAUGCUGUUUGUACAGUAGCAUCUUUGUUUCUCUCAUGCCAACAUGUAUUUAUGCAUCUUAUUAUACGUAUAUUAUUAUAUUGUUUGGGGAAAAAUUUAACUACUUCAACUAGAAACUAUACAGAUCAACAUCUAGCAAAAACAAACCAAAAUCUAACAAGACCAAGUCACAAAAUGUUCUGGUGGAAUAUUUGCAAAUUAAAAAUAAUAAUACCAUUUACAGUUUUAUAUAUAUGUAUAUAUAAUUAUGCUAAUACUAGUUCUAGUCGCACCAUAUAACUCAUAUAAGAUAUGAUAUUGAAAUUUUGCAUAAAGUAUAGAUUUUUAUGUCUGUAAGCCAAUCAAUAUCUCAACCUCCCAUUCAGCUUUUGAUAUAGCUGCAAUUGCCAUUUAUCCAUUUUAACAAUAAAGAUCCAUUUUCUUUAUGUCUUAAAACAACCUGUCCUUCACCCCGUACCCUUUCAUCCACCUUUCCUGUUUUCAUGCUAUUACCUCUUGGUCUGACCUGCUCCCU